CCCGCCCAACCCUCUGCGCUGCGCUGCUCUGCUCUUCUUCUUCUCUCCUCCUCUUCCCUUUUCUCGGCCCGCUGACGGGCUCCACUUCGAUCCGUGGUCUCCUCCCCGUUGCUCAGGAGGACCCUUGAACAAUAGCAGCAGCGAUUCUUUCUUUCUUUCUUCCGAACAAAUUCUAAAUCUGCCUCGGCCUUUAUUUUUUAUAACGAUUUUUUGGCACCACUAUUGAUUUGGUGCUCCUAGUGAGAGAGAGAGAGAGAGAGAGAGAGAGAGAGAGAGGAGGGCGAGGAGGGAAAGGGAGAGAGAAGGAAGGUCGGGAGGGAGUCACGAAGGCUCGGGGAGAGAGAGCAAGAUAGACGAGCGAUUAGGGUUCGUUGGAAUCGCGCGAGAAUUCGUGGGUAGAUUGUCGAAGACAAGAGUGGAGGAGCUACAAGGAGGAGAGAUUGGUAUCUGAUGCAGGCAGGGGAGAGGAUUAAGACCUCCUAUGGCUCGAGCGUCCAGCAGCAGCACCAAAUUUGCUUCUGUGAACCUGAACAAAUCCUAUGGCAAACCGGUAUCACAAGGUGCGCAGCUGCCAAGUUCCGGCUCGUCCAGGGCUCGGAUUGCAACCCAUGGGGGUAUGCUGUUGCUCACGCGUCCAGUGCGGUCGCAGCCAGCAGCCGCAGCAGUGCAGAAGGGCGCUAAGUUGACGGUACCACGGCCUGUAAAUCUUCCUUCUUUGAGAAGAGAGCACGCAGGAAAUGACCCGACUAUAGCUUUGGUAGGGGGCACAGGAGCGUCGGGUUGGACCAAGCAGCAACAGAAAGAAGCCGAGGAGGCUGCUGUGGCCCCGGUGCCUGGAGAAACCACCGUUGUUACCGCAAGAUCAACGCCUGCUCUGAGUGCGGGAUCAACAUGGGGAACUUUGCAACCUCCUCCCGUUGGUCAGCCCGUGGCUAAUCCUCCUCCCUACUUUGCCCCCGUGAAUGGGGACUUGCGGCCUUCGUCAUCGCCUCAAACGGUUGUAAGAUCUGGCGUUUACACACCACCUAGGGCUAGGACAGUGCAAGCUAGUGCUCCUCCCCCUGCCCCAGGUCCUCCGGCAGCGAUCGCAAAAGCAGUGGUACUGAGGGGAGAAGACUUUCCAACUCUCCAAGCAGCUCUUCCACCUCCUCCUGCCCCCCCGCAGCAUCGACAGAAGGAGCUUCAGCAAAAGCAACGGGUAAAGCAGCAGGAGCUCAAAGAUCAGCAGCAGAAAUUGCAACAACUUUCUCAAAAGCACCCGGGAGACGAGCCAUUGCAGCCCCAAGUAGUUGUACCCCAGCUGCAACCAUCACAACCCGUAUCUUUGCAACCCCAGCGGGAGCAGCCUGUGCAGAACUUGUCGAAAGAGACUGCCCUACCCUCAGAACCUCAACCUGCCGGACAAGCGGGGAGUAGGCCAGGAUUCAAGACCGAGGUUUCUUCUUACGUUCCUGUACUUCCAGGUCGGGUCAACCAAAGAUCAAACUGGACGGAUGACGAGCGAGAGCCUGCGCAGAAUCUCAGGCCUCAGGGGGGCUCUGGACCCUACUCUGAUUGGCCUGAUCGGUCCGAUAGAGAGCGACCUGAAAGGGAGCAUUUUAUCGACGAUCCAAGGCGGGGUAACCGCAGUGAUGACUAUGGAUUCGGUCGGCAGUCAACUCAAAGGGAGAUGCAACCCGCCUUCGUGCCAGGCGGUCGAGAGGGUAGCUACAACAGAGAAGGAGAGGGCAGCAGAGAAAGUGGAUUCGGCAUUGACGUUGGCUUUGCAAGAGAAGGUAAUUUCAACCCAAAUCACAAUUUCGAUAACAGAGAAGCUGCAUUCAGCAGAGAAGGAAUGGGCAGCAGAGAUGGCUUCACAGGGAGGGAGGGAAGCAUUUCGAGAGAAAGACAUCAUGUGAAAGAUGGCGGUUACAAUAGAGAGGCGGGUGUCUCUAGAGAUGGAGGAUUUGGGCGGGAAGGAGGCUUUGGAAGACAUGGAGCCUUCGGAAGGGAUGGAAGCGGGAGAGAGUUUGGUACUGGCAAGGAUAGUAAUCUGGACAGAGAUGGCUAUGGCAGGCCACGCAGUGGUGGGGGUAGGGACUUUAUCAACGACCGUGAAGGAUUCCCUUUUAGGGAAGGUUUCGUUAAGGAUACUGGGCCUAGAGAGGGAUUCAGCAGGGAUGCUAGCUAUGGUCGUGAUUCUUCUAGCCGAGACGGCUCCUACAAUAGAGAUGUUAGGCGACCACCGUCUGGAGAUUAUGAAGGAGGCCGUGGCAGAUACGGUGGAGAGCGAUUUGCUCGAGGAGGAACAAACCGAUACGAUGCUGUCCCGGAUUUCGCUAACAAUAAAGGUAGCCAUUUUUCCUCAGGGCGAGGGGUAUUGGCGCUUGAUGCCGGUCUGGAUUUCAGCAGAGAUAAACGCUUUGGAGUGCCCUAUACAGAAGACUCUUUUGCGCGAGAUUUUCCUGAUCUUCCCAGUCUAGAUUUCAGGGCCUCCUCUGGUCUUGGUAUUGAAGCUCUUGCCGGCCUUGGUUUGGAAAGCAAGCUUGGAAGGAGGAAGAAAGAUGAGAUGAAGGAUAGCAACUUCCAUGAUCCCGAGAGAGAGUCAUUUGAAGCGGAGUUGGAGAGGGUGCAGAAAGCUCAGGAACAAGAGCGCUUAAGAAAAAUAGAAGAAAAGGAGAGGGCAGUGGAAAUGGCCAGGAAGGAGCAAGAGGAACAAGAGCGUUUGGCCAGGGAGGAACAAGAGCGCCAGCUGAGGCUCGAAGAAGAAGCCAUAGCUGCCGCCAAUCGCGCCGAACUGGAAGCUCUUGAGGCUGCUCGAAAAGUCGAAGAUGAGAGAAGAGCCCGAGAGGAGGAGAAGAGGGCAAUCCAGUUGGAGGAAGAGAGAAGAAAGGAGAAUGCUCGACGAAAGCUGCUUGAGUUAGAAGAGCGAAUCGCAAAGCGGGAAGCGGAGAAGAAAAAGCAGGAAGCUGAUUCUUCACUAUUUUCAGAAGAUGAGAUGUUCCGAGCCCAGAGGGCAGAGGACGAAGAAGUCGCUAUCAGUAGGGAUGAUGUGGCCAGGGAGGAAGAGGAACGCAUGGUCGCCAGUAUAACAGAGGCUGAUCAAGAUGAUGACGAUCGAGCUCCUCUUAGACCAUCUCGGCGCCCACCUUCUCCACUUCUGCCCAGAUCUUCACAAGAGGAAUAUCCUUCACGUGUUAAGUCCCCUGACUUGCAGCAUUCUAUCUCUACUCGACGAAUGCCUGAUCUUAGAGGUGGAAAUGCGUUUGAAUCUGAGCGUUCGAGGCCAUUCAUGUCUUGGAGGCGAGAUGCGCCGGACAAUGGUAGUGGUCCUUCGCAGUCUUCUUUGUAUGUUCGUGACGAAGGACUUGAGUUUGCUCACAACAUGAUCAGAGAUCGCAUGUACAGUGCAAGAAAUUAUGGAGAGCGCGAUACAUAUUAUGGGAGCCCGAAUAGUGUCUUGACAUCCGAAGCAGGACCCGGAGACUAUCCUAUUCGGAAAGAUCGUACGCAAGGCUACCAAGAGAGAAGAUGGGUGUCGGAGGAAGCUGGUCCAUCAAACAAGAGGUCUGCAUCACCUCGAGCUACCACUCCUGAAAGAGACGGAGGGUAUCUUGAAAGCUCCUAUGACAGAGAUGGAGAUCGGCACUGGGGUCGUGAUAAAAUUGAUCGACGCCGUAAUAGAGAGGUGCAUCGCAUUUCUCCCCCUCCUCCGCCGUCUACAUAUCUACAAGGACCUGAUGCACUAGAGUCCUCUUCUUAUGGUGGACGAUUACGACAUUCAUUUGCUAAGCAACCGCGAGUUCCCCCUCCAUUGAGAGCACCACUUCUCAGGCCUCCUUUGAAGGCUCCGAGGGAUCAGUCAAACUCUUCUCCCUCUCCUCUACUACAUCCUACCAGUGAUGAUGGCAGAAACUCUUCAUGGGACCAGGAAAUAGUACAGGAUAACCAGCGUGGGUUCACAAGUCACCCUGCCAGAUCAGGACAGACCGAAAGGUCUCUGUCACAAGCUGAGUCCGGGCAGAGAGAAAGUUCCUACAACACCGACAAGUUUCAAGGGAAGGACUGGCUGGGAUCAUCGGCAUUAACUCAGCGUGGUCAUCCUGCAUCCUCCAAAGUGCAUUCUGAUUCCCAGGAUGAGAAAUCAGACCAGCAGUCUGUGGGUAUGGAGCAGGAGCCGUCAUCCCCUGAAGAUGAUUCUUCCUUGCCACCUGGAACUCCAGGAAGCGACCAUGAUCAGGAAGCUGAGAAGAGUGAAGACGAGGUUUUACCUUCAGGUGAGAGAAUUGAAGAAGGAAAAUCUGAGGAAGAAGUAGUGUAUGGAGGUGAUGAGGAGGCUGAAGAAGAGAGAGGGGACGUGGAUGAUCAAGAAGAAGAGUUUGAUGAGGACGAGGAGUACGAAGCCGGUGAGUGGGAAGACGAUGUGGAUCAAGACGUGGAGAGAUCCGAGGUGAUCAAUGAGUCUGGAGGAGGCGGAGACUUUAAUAGUGAGGAGUAUGAGUCAGGUCCUCUUGAUGGUAAGGAGGGUAGUGGUAGCGAGGAUUCUGGGGAAUAUGAAGAGAAGUCUCCUGAAGGAAUGCUAGAGGGUGUUAGCAACAUGAAGCAUGCUUUAAGUGCCGAUAAUGAACAAAAAGAACCACCACGAGAGGAAAUAGCUGAUGAAAGGCUCCAACACGAUGUUUUGCAACAAACUGUGACUCAACCUUUCCUGCAGCAGACCACCUUGUCAUCUACGUCCACUCCCUUGACUGCAACGGCAUCGGUGCAAACAGUGUCGGGUGAAAAUUUUGAGAACAGGCAGUCACUUCUGUCACAGUUGCAGCAACCAUUGUCCUUUAUGGCUUUGUCAUUGCCUCAAUCCCAUGCAGCCGUUGCACCAAAUCAGGUGCCUUCGGUGCUGACCUCUUUGCCCGUCCUUCACAACGCACAGGAGGGACCAGUUACACUCCAGUUCGGACUCCUGCCCAGCACAUCUCUUGUGCCGACUACAGUGCCAGCCAUCCAGAUUGGGUCCAUUCAAAUGCCCCUACAUGUGCAUCCUCAAGCCGGGCCGCAAUUUACACCCUUACAUGGACCUCCAACUCCUCUCUUCCAGUUUGGGCAGUUGGGUCACCAUACAUCGGUGCCCUCAUUUAUGCAUCCCUCUCCUGUUCAGCAGUCCAUGAUGCAAUCACAGGCUCCAGAUUUUCUAGCUUCCCAGUCGAAUGGCCCCUCAACUCAAGGAGCGCCGCUGCCAUCUUCACAAGGCAAGGACCAACUUGUUGCCGGUCAGGCUGAAUCUCAUGGAUCCGUUCCCACCGCGAAAUCGAAUUGGUCAAAUCAAACCAGUAAGAACGCUGGUGAACUGAGGUCUGGUGAAGCAGAUGGACUUGAUACUAGAAGUGGUGGAGGUAAUGGACUGCGUCCAGAGCGUAGAGGUCGUGAGCGGGGUCCAAGAGAUGUAAUGGGCGUUGCAGGAGGUCAGCAGUCAGUUUCUUCUCAAUCGAAAGCUGUUCAACGUGUAGGGUCUGAGGGUGCCUUGGAAUCAUCAUCCUCAGAGAAUAGUGUUGUUGUACCCAUGGACAACAACGUGGAGAAUAAUCAAGGUGGAGAUAGUCCAUGGCAAAGACCUUAUUCAGGUGGGAGAGGAAGAGGUAAUCCUACAAGGUGGGGAGCCUCAUCCGCGAGAGGUAGAGGUAGAAGCGGUUCAUAUGGAGGUAGAGGAGCACCCCAUGGUAAUUUCGAGGGUUAUGGUACAGCUCCAGGUAAUUAUCCACAAGAUACAGGAUCUGACGGAGGGCUCAGAACGAGGCCCAGCCGUCGCAGUGCUUUUCGGCGCACAGAGUUCAAAGUGAGAGAUUCAUCCUUGCAAGGUUUUUCGGAAGGUGCAGGGCCAGCAAAGUAUCCGGGCGUACGAGAUAAGUAUGCUCAUAUGUCCGGAUGGUCUGAUGCAUCUAUACCUUCCGGUAACUUCAGUGAUGGUGCUGGUAGUAGGGAAAACUAUCGAGAUUCUUCUUCACAUGUACACGAUAGGUAUUAUGGGGAAGGUGGGGGUCGUACAUCACAAAGUGCUUUGGGAAAAGUUGAGAGAUCUGGAAGUACCGAAGGACUUCAAAAGAAUGGAAGAGCCGCUGGUUAUUCUCUGUCUCGUCCAGCAGAAGGAGUACUAGGUAAGUAUAGUCCAGAUGUGGGGUCUGAAGCUUCUUUACAAAGUGGUAUAGGCCAAGCCUUUGAGCAACCAGGUAUCGAAGCUCCGAGUGAUGAAGAUGACUUUAUCGAGGUCCGCUCCAAACGUCAGAUGCUAAACGACAGGCGAGAGCAAAAGGAGAAAGAGUUGAAAGCGAAGACGAAGGACCUCAAGGCGAAGGAGCAGGCUGCAAGAAAGCAAAGACCUCCUCCUAAGGGUGGUUUCCAAGGAGACUCUGGAGCUCUUGGAGGGAUCAAAGGGACUAGUUUGGCAGGAGUAAGUGAUAAGAAAACAGUGGCCCAGGUCGCUUCUUUGGAUCCAAGUAAUAGUAGUAAUUCACGACUCGUCUCAUCUGGGAACUCACCGGCAGUUGCAUCGUCUUCCUUGCCUUCGUCCAUCACCUCUGCACAACUGCAACCGCCUAUUGGCACUCCAGCAGGAGGAUCGGCUGAUGUGACAUACGAUAAAAGGCCCAAAAAUUCGAAGCCUACUCGUAUAAAUCCUGCUCCAGGUGUAAAUCUUUCCGAGAAUGAUGUCCCAGUAACUAACUCUGGGUCAUAUGACAACCAAGAGAACCUUGCCAGCACCACCCUUGCUUGGGGCGGAACUCGCUCCACUCUUCAGGUGGUCAGUUUGACACAGAUCCAACUUGAGGAAGCCAUGAAACCGGUACGUUUCGAAGGUCCAGUACCGCAACAGCUACCACUGGGCGAGCGCAGUAGUCUUCUACUAGAGUCGGGAACGACAGUCGGAUCGGCAACCUCUAAAGAUAAAAACACGGCUUCUGUAACAGGGCCAAUCGGUUCGCUUCUGGCGGGGGAGAAAAUUCAGUUCGGGGCUGUUACAUCACCUCCAAUUCCUCUCACGAACAGUCGACCUCUUACACCAGGCCUGAAUGCCGUCGUAGGGUCAUCCCUAGGUUCCAGGGCAGAUGCGUCAUCUGAUGAUGCCGACUUGAAGAGCAAGGCCAAACGGUUGUCGGGAGGUGAGAGUGAAGUUGGUACAUUUACCGGUAAGGGUAAACGAACCAGAGGGGAAGAGGAAAGGAGCGGGGAUUCUGUGGAUCCUGAGGCCGAAGCUGAGGCCGAAGCUGCCGCUUCGGCAGUUGCCGUGGCAGCAAUUUCCAGUGACGAGUCUGUCGGUAGUUCCUUGCAUGGGGAUGUGCAGAACAUUCCUCUGCGGGGAGUCGGAUUGCCAGUUUCGGGAAGUAAAAGUGCAUAUGGGAGUUCGUCAGUCACAAGUUUGCACACCAUAACGAUGGGAGACGCAACUACUAGCUCAGUCAUGAUGCAAGCUUCUGGGCUUGAAGAGUCUAUGACAGUUGCUCUUCCUGCCGACCUGUCCGUCGAGCCUACUUCAUCAAUGUCGCUGCGGGGACCUCUUCCUAAUUCAUCUGGAUUGCUGCUGCCUUCUAUGCCUGGAGGCCCUUUACAGUUCAGAGGUCUGGAGAUGGGAUCAAUGUUAGGGGGGCCAAUGUUUGGUUUUGGUACGAGUAAAGAUGCUUCUCAAGGUCCUCAAGGAUCCACAUCGGGCUCAGUUCAUGACCAAGGAAUCAGUAGUGCAGGGCCAGGCUCUGGAGGAUGGCAACCACAGCACUCUGGUGGGGUAGAUUCUUAUUAUGCAGGUCCUCCUCCUUCGGGCUACACAGGACCAUUUAUUAAUCCAACGGGAGCUCUCCCUAGUAUACAAGGGCAUCCGCCCAUGUUGGUCUAUACCAAUCCCUUCGCGUCUGUCAGCCAAUUUGGUCAACUAGGAGUGAGCUUUAUGAAUCCUCAACAAUAUUUGCCGUCUGGAAAACAACCUGACUGGAAGCAUACGCCAGUAUCAACUUCAGGUCCGGGGGUUGUCGGUAUGAGUGGUAACGAGGUUGGGGGAGGCUUAGGUGGCAUAAUAUCCGGUCAGCGCAGCUCAGGGGUUGCAACUAAUGUUCAGAGAAUGGCUCCUGGUCCUUCAGUAAUGCCAACACCAGGUCCAUUUGACCUAAACCUGUCGGCUCCGUUUCAAAUUCCUGGCGUUGACGUUUCAAUGCAGUCACAGUGGUCCCACGUUCCUGGGCCACCUUUACACACCGUUCCCAUGUCGGGCCCUCUUAUGGGCUUUACCAUGCAGACAAGACAUUCUCGGGGUCCUACUCACUUAGGUCACCUUCCGCACAUGAUGGAGACCACAAGCGGCUUCAAUAUAGUUCCAGCAUCAAAUCCUGGCAGCUCUGGUUUAUUCCAGUCGGUUGAUCCUGCUGCCCAGUUUCCCGAUGAACUUGGUUUAGGGGAUUCUUCUUCGUCUGGGACCAACACAAGCUCUUCGUUCAGGGGUCAACGACCAUCCAACAGAGCACCGCCUGUCAGUAGUAGUAUAGUUACUCCUACAGGAGGACCUGGACCAGGAGCCGGUAACAAUAAGUUGCGAAGUGGGCGUCGUUCAUCAAGAGUUUCGAGGUCUGGUGGUUCCUUAGGAGCAGGUGGCAACGGAAGUGGUAGCAUGCCAUCUGUGGGAAUGGGUUCUAGUUCCGGGACAAAUGCCCAAGGAACUAAUGGAUCGCGUAUACAAUCUCCUCACCAUUCAACCUCGUCUCAGAUGCCACCUAUGUCAAUGGGACAACAUUCCCACUCCAAUCAGUAUUCGGAUCAAAGGGGUGUUCCUCAGCAAGGCCUUCCAAGGGUAGGUGCACAAGGCGGUUGGUCUGGCCAAGUUAGAAAGGGUGGAGGGCCGGGAAGGCCUCCAGUUGCAGAGCGUGGAUCUUCUGGGGAGAAACCGUAUGUCUCUUCCUCAUCUAAAUUGAAGCAGGUGUACGUCGUAAAGCCUUCGUCUUCCCCUCGAAGGAAUAUUGGAGAACCGGCAUCCAACUUAUUUAGUGGGUCAGAUGUGGGACAAACGACAGUUGGCCAUUGAAAGCUUGUUGCGCCAAUUUACGGUCUUCACGUCCGGUCCGAUUUCCUGGCUACAGCAUAUUGGAAUUUUCCAGCUGGAGUCUGUAGAGAAGAUCACUUUGUUGGAGAGUAUUUGAUCUGAGUUGCGUGGAUUGCAUUGGUGUCAACACUGAAUUUUUCUGGUUUUGACCCAAGUCCUGAGAUCCUCCCUUCAUAGGGGAGAAGGUAGAAAGGAAGGGGGAGGGGGAAAGAGAGAGCAAUCACCAUUCGAUUGUAACAGUGGACUAUCGUUUUUUGAGUCGCUCUACCUACGGAGUGACUCCUUUUUGGACACUGGAGGAGUAUGUUUUCAAGAUGGGUAGGUUUUACUUUCACGGGUGAUCUUUGAUAUUGCGCUCGGUGGAAUUCUAUAACUGCUACUGUUGAAUUAUGGGUCAGGCCUUCGGCUCUUAACUUGGGCAAACGCAGCAUGCGCUCAUUGGAAUUGUGAGUGAAGCUGUGAGCCCUUGCUACCAAAACUGCCUAAAGCAUCUGCAGGCAUGGUAUAUUGAGUGCGCAUAGAUAUAUUAUCUACGCCUUUGGAGAUGACGGCAGUGGUGGGUAGCAUGAGUUAUGUACUUCAGAUUUUGUUUAUGUUUAUUUGUGGAUCUGGGUUUCAAUGUCUUCUUCUGCGUGGACAAUGAAUCAAUUCCAAUUUAGGUUACCAAAUUUGACGAGGUUACUCUUUUCACAAGUCAAUAUAACUCUAUACCAUUAUUUUGCGUUCCG